AUGGAUAGUGUUUGGGAUGAUGUUAGAGUCGAAAAGAGCACAGUGGACGAGCCGGCAAUUUCAUCUAGUGCUCAGGAGAAACUCGCGUUAAUAAAAUCAACGUUGUUUAAGCUAGAUCAAGAGGAUAAAUUGGAAAGCAAUUCAUGGGUACAACUAGUUAAACUUAUCAGUGACGAGGAUCGUGAAGAAGAGUUUACUACAUUCAAGGAGUUAUUGAGGAAGAUCACAGACGUUAAUGACAAAUCAAUCACGGGCGUCGCCUUAAUUCAUUAUAUUAUUGUGUUUGAUCGUGCAAACUACAUUGAGUUGCUACAUAAUAACUUCUCUGGUGCAAAGCUAGAUUUGAAUCUUGUUGAUAACGUUGUAGGCUACACACCAUUGAUGUGGAGUUUCAGUCUACAGAGGAGGAACUGUUGCUUAGAAUUGUUCAACUCAUUUGACGAGAUAAACUUCAAUAUGAAAAAUAAUGCAGGACUAACUGCUUGGGAUAUGGUUCCUCCGUAUUCACCACUCUCGGAAUUUUUGGAGCAAAACAAUAUGUUUCGAUACCGUGAUGAAAACCAACAUGAAGUAUCUCAAAUUUCUCAACCCAAGGGCUCUUUUCUAAUGACUGAUGAAGACUCUACUACCAAGGAAACUUUUGAUAAUAUCGACUUACAAGUGGCUGGUUUGACUUUGUCGUCUGAUGCAAAUGAAAAUUUGUUUCUGGAUUCUCAAGACAAGAACGUAAAUCAUUCACAAGGACCAACAGCUUUCACUGAUCCAAUGUAUACGGAGGAUUAUCACGGAGCCUUUGAGUAUGACAAGUUAUUGGCGGACCAAUAUUUGGAAUUCUCCGAUUUCGAUAUACCUCAAAUUCUAAAUCUACUGAUAUCUUUACCUCAAAAGGAACCUCACAUGACAACAUAUCCCGCUGGCUUGAUAUAUCAAUGUAUUAGGUAUGCUGAUCAUAAAAUAAAAUCUAAAUCACUGGUAGAAUCGUUGAUUAACUUAUCGUUGACAAAAAUUUUGACCAGUGUUUCAUCCAAUGGGGCCGCAGGGUUAAUAUCAACAGAAGCUUCUUUGCAAGCUGGUGACAUUGUAUUGCAAUCGUAUUGGUUAAGUUGCCUCUCGUUUCUCUAUUAUUAUCUCUGUAGAGAUGAAUCAUUUUUUAAGAGGCAUCCAAGUGUGCUACAAGAACUAAUCAACACCAUACACUCUAUCAUCAUAGAGCUGACAUCUUCCAUACACUGCAGGUUACUUUCUCUGAUAGAUUCAACUUUACUAGCAUACACCACCAUUCAGGAUGUUAGACAGACCCUGUACAAAAAAGACUGGAAUUUCUUCAAGAAGAGAAAGCAGGCCAAACUUUUAUUAAAGGAAAAGAAUAGAAAACAACUGAAGGAACAAAAGAAAGAGAGUCAUCAAAAAUAUCAAGAUCAAGAAAAUCGGAACGAACAUGAUCAACGAGAUGAAAAUAACUCGGAUGAAAGAGUUUCCAUUAAUGAUGAUAACAAAUCUAAUACGUCGCUAUUUUAUGACAAAGAAAUUUUACGGCAUUUAUAUCCUCCAUCGUUCGAAGAGCAGAUGAUACCCUCCCCACUAAAGAUUGUUCAAAUAUUUGGUGCACUAUCUUAUGUUCUCAACUUACAUCAAACUCACCCGAUUUUUCAACAGCAAUGCCUUUCUAUAUCUGUUAAUUGGUUUGCUACAACUUUAUUUAAUAAAAUCUUGAAGGAUAAAAAGAAGAGAUCGUUGUCAAGGGCACAUGCCAUCCAGAUCAGGUUAAAUCUUUCGACCCUAGAAUCAUGGAUACAGAAUAAUGAUUUUUGUGUUCCCAAACCACUGCUUAUUGAUGACUUUAUGUGGCAGCGCUUUCCAAUGACAUUAAUCCGGGAUGUUGGCGAAAUAGACCUAUCAGAUCCAAUUUUGAGAAAUGUUGCAAGCUACAAACCUGUAGGUGAAAACAACAAAGAUAUGAUAUACGAUAUGUCAAACUCAUUAUUUUACUACCAGCCUUUCCAUAAAAUCGCUCAGAUUCACCUUGAGCCAGUUUUCCAGCUAUUGCAGUGGUUACAAGUCGCUACAACACUCGAUAGUGAAGAAUCAUUAAUAUCAACAAUGAAUCUAUUACCCAGAAUAACGCCUGUACAACUACUAAAAUCUAUGGAGAAAUAUAGUUACGAAUUGAAUGAAAAUAAAUUUAAUUCUAAACUAAAGAAAUUUUUAAUCAAUAAAAUCAAAGAAAAUAAAAUGAAUAAAUCGAAUGCUUAUUUGCAAGAACACGAAAUUCCAUACUUAGUGUUGCCAACGAUACCUGAAAUGACAGAUCUGUAUUCAAAAGGCCCAGAUUCGCAUUCUUUCCAACCAUUUUUACCUGGUAGUAUCCAGGACGACGUUUAUGAAAUUCACGAUACAAAUUUCAAACAGAGACAAAAUGAACCACGAAUUUCUCAAUCCAACUUAAAUACUUUAAAUUCUUCCGAUGAUGAAGAUAGACAAAAGGAUGAAACCCAAAGAAGUACAGAAGAUGUAGAUGUAAGGGAAGCGCUGGACUUUGAAAACAGCGCGUUGAAUGGUCGUAACGAUGAUUACUUCCAAGAAUUGAAUAUUCCGUCUUCUACUGCCCAACGCCCCGCAUGGUCAAAUAAUGAUGACAUGGAACAGAAUCCGUGGUAG